AUGAACUCGAAUCCAUUUGACAUUUUUGUUUCAGCUUGGGAGUUCUUUCCUAAAGCCAAGUCAGUGUCUUUACCUACGUUACCAAUGGAGGAAGCAUUUGAGAAGUUUUGCGAUGGUAUUAUGGCGUUUGGCCCAUGGUGGAGUCAUAUGUUAGGUUACUGGAAGGAGAGUAUAGCUAGACCACACAAAGUAAUGUUCUUGAAAUAUGAGGAUCUUAAAGAAGAUACUGAAUUUCAUGUGAAAAGAAUUAUUGAAUUCUUGGGUUGUCCUAUUGGUGAAGAAGGAGAGAAUAACAUACAUAUUAAAAGCAUAAUCAAACUUUGCAGCUUUGAGAAGAUGAAGGAUUUGAAAGUGAAUAAGAUGGGAUAUUUUGACAAUGUUGUAGAUAAAAGAUAUCUUUUUCGAAAGGGUGAAAUAGGAGAUUGGAUAAACUACUUUUCUCCUUCUAUGAUAGAAAAAUUGUCUAAAAUUGUUGAAGAAAAAUUAACUGGAACAGGUUUGUCAUUUCAAAUCAAUCACUAA